AUGGAUUAUAAGGAUUCUCCUUAUACCUUGUCGGAUGUGAAUAAGUUCAUCGUCAUCGGCUGUGAUGAUUCUGCUUGGCUGAUUUCACAAACGAAUUCUAGGAAUGUGUCUACCGGUUGUAUGGUCUUUUGUUCAACACCUGAGGAUGUUGUAGGUGACCAAUGUUCAGGAAAUGGUUGUUGUCAAUCGUCCAUACCCAAAGACAUAAACUACUAUGAAACUGACCUCAAUUCCCUCGUGGAUUCAAAGAACACGAUGUCCUUUAACCCUUGUACAUAUGCGUUUGUUGGUGAGGAGAACGCAUACACGUUCAAUGGUCUAACAUCUUUGAAUGACACUGAUUUGGCUGAAAAGAUUGAAGCUAGUGUCCCAAUAGUGCUUGAAUGGGCUAUUGGUAAUCUGAGUUGCAUUGAAGCCAAAGCAAUGGAUGGUUUCGCGUGCCAGUAUUCAAAUAACAUCAAUGAGUGUCGUUAUCCAGAGAUGUUUAAUAUUGUGGGGAGUUACACAUGCAAAUGUAAAGGAGGGUAUUCUGGUGAUGCCAAAAUUCGAGAUGGUUGUCGAGGACAUAAGCCAUUCCUAUUGGUUGUCCUGUUAUCUAUAGAGAAGAAAUUUACACCACCGGUUAAUACUUGUGCAGGUGCUCUUUUGGGCAUAUUGGUAUUAAUCUUCUCAUUGUGGCUACUCAAAGUAGUGCAAAGGAGGAAACUUAAGAAUCUCAAAGAGAAAUUCUUCAAAAGAAAUGGUGGUUUACUCCUACAACAACAAAUGUCUAGUGGUGAACGGAUGGUUGAUCAUCAAAUCAAUGCAACAGAAUUAGAGAAAGCAACUGGCCAAUUCAAUGAGGACAGAAUAGUCGGCCGAGGGGGUCAAGGGAUAGUUUUCAAAAGAAUGCUGGCAGAUGGAAGGAUAGUAGCAGUAAAGAAGUCGAUGUUGGUGGAUGAGAGUCAAGUUGAAACAUUUAUCAGUGAGGUUUUUAUACUAUCCCAGAUCAUCCACAAACAUGUGGUUAAGCUUCUGGGGUGUUGUUUGGAAACCGAAGUUCCAAUGCUAGUUUAUGAGUUUGUUGGUAAUGGAACUCUUUUUGACUUCAUCCACGACGAGAAUUAUGAGUUCCCUACCUUGUGGAAAUUGCGGUUGCAAAUUUCUAUAGAGAUAGCAGGAGCUCUUGCUUAUUUACAUUCGACAACUUUCGCACCGAUUUAUCAUAGAGACAUUAAAUCUUCAAACAUUCUUUUGGAUGACAAAUUUAGAGCAAAAAUAUCAGACUUUGGAAUUUCAAAGUCAUUAUCAGGUGAUCAAACCCAUCUAAGCUCCUUAGUCAAAGGUACCAUGGGUUAUUUAGAUCCAGAGUACUUCCAAUCAAGCCAUCUUACUGAAAAAAGUGAUGUAUAUAGUUUUGGUGUUGUUCUCCUUGACCUCUUGACCGGGAAAAUCCCCAUCUUCAGAACACCUUAUGGGGAGAGAAUGAGUUUGGCAACCUUCAUUUUGUCAAUGGAAGAUGAACAACUUGUGGAAAACGUUGAUGAUCGAGUAUUAGAUGCACCCAAGGAACAACUCAUAGCAGUUGUAAACAUUGCAAAAAGAUGCUUAAAUUUGAAGGGGGUGCUACGGCCAAAUAUGAAAGAUGUUGCAACAGAUUUGGAAGGUAUAAGAUUGCAUAACCAAUCUCAGCAGCAAUCAAAUGAUAAUUCUUAG